UUGACAAGGUGUGUUGGACAAGUGUCGUGGUCGUUUGUAUCUUAUGCAAAGCGUUUAAAUAAAUAAUAACUUUAAAAACAGUAUAAUACGCCUGUAAAAAGUGUGCGGAAAAAGAUUUUCAAUUUAAUUGCGGUGAACCAUUUCACAAUUAACAAAAACAAGUUGCUAAAAAUCGUUCGGUUAAUACAAUUGUGCGAACGAUCAGAAUUACGAGUCUCGUGUUCAAUGGCGAUUCGUGUAACAAAAGAUGCAUAUUCCUUGAAAAUGCACUGAAAAAUACAACAGUAGUUCCGUCAAAAAUAAUCCAUACGUACAUAUGUCUUUACAAAUUACUAUGCGAUUGCUGAAUAAUCAAUGCUUUCCAAAAUAAUUAAAUAAAUUUAUAGUUAAUACAGUGAGUAGCUUAAUACAUUGGCUACCGAAAAAGUAAAAAAUUUGUGUUACCGACUUGUGUUAGUGCAGCAGCGUUCGUUUAUUUUCUGAACAAAGAGAAAAUGUGGCUGGGCAUAAGCGGCGACCGCAGCAUCAAAACAUUGUCCAUAGUGCCAUGUCAGCGGAGUGGAGCUAAAUUUAACUUUAUAAUCGUACUAUUCUUGAAUCUAUUGCUGAAUUCACGCAGUCAAUUGCUCAUCAACGUACAAAAUCAAGGUGGUGAAGUCAUACAAGAAAGCAUCACCUCCAAUGUCAGCGAGGACCUAAUUACUUUAGAAUUUCAAAAAACGGAUGGCACGCUUAUCACACAAGUCAUUGAUUUUCGAAAUGAAGUCAAAAUCGUCAAAGCACUCGUGCUGGGCGAAGAGGAACGUGGCCAAAGUCAAUAUCAGGUCAUGUGUUUUGUGACGAAAUUCAAUAAAGGCGAUUUCAUUUCAUCCGAUGCAAUGGCGAAAUUGCGUCAAAAGAAUCCCAGUACAAUACGUACACCGGAGGAAGAUAAGGGACGAGAAACGUUUACGAUGACAUCGUGGGUUCAUCUAAAUCGUUCAUUGCCAAUAACACGUCACCUGCAAACGUUAUGCGCUGAGGCCGCUGAUGCGACUUAUGUGCGUAGUGCCGAUCUGAAGGCGUGGGCGGAAUUGCCAGGCUCCUCCAUCUCUAGCCUGGAAGCGGCCGCUGAGAAAUUUCCCGACACACUCUUCUCACGUUGCAAUGAGGUGAGCGGCUUAUGGGCACCUUGUCUGUGUACGCUCGAAACCUGUAUCGGCUGGUAUCCUUGUGGCCUCAAAUAUUGCAAAGCCAAGAAUGGCGGCGAUUCAUCGGCGGCGGCACAGCCCAACUAUCGCUGCGGCAUUAAGACGUGUCGCAAAUGUAGCCAAUUUACCUAUUAUGUGCGACAGAAACAACAAUGUCUAUGGGAUGAAUGACGAGGGCUGUAUAUGAUGGGCU